UUUCGAUUUGGUUAACGUUGGAAAGUUGUAGAAGAAAGAGAUGGUUCUUUCUUUCCCAUUUUUUCCCCUCUGUGAACAGCCAAUGGGAAAAUAAACAAACUAGGGAGAUAGAUUUUCAGAUCUGUAAAGUAGCAAAGAGAAAAAAAAAAAAAAAAAAGACAAGAGAGAUCGGUUUGUAGAGAGACAUUAAAUAUUUAGAUAGAGAGAGAGAGAGAAAUGAGUUCAUGAUUGAUUGAGGAAAGAAGGAAAAGUAGGGGUUUAGAGAGAGAGAGAGCGAAAAACUCCAUUUUCACGACUCAUUUGAGGAAAAAUAAAAGUCCUCCCUCUCUUUCAUCUUCGCUGCUUUUAGCUUCUUGUUCGGAAGAUCCAGCGUUUGUAUCUUUCGAACACUUGUUCACAGAUCGAGCAAACAAAGAAAUGUGGGAUCUAAACGACUCGCCGGAGCAGUUGAGAGACGACGAGUCCGAAGUCUGUUCCUCCGCCGUCGAAGGCGACGGCGACAAGGGUAAAAGGGUCGGAUCGCUAUCGAAUUCCAGUUCCUCUGCGGUGGUGCUCGAAGACGGGUCCGAUGAAGAAGACGGCGAGAGAGGCGGGCGAAAGCGUAGCAGCAAGAUAUUCGGUUUCCCGGUGGCCCAUAGGGACGACGACUUGUCGUCGGAGAGUGAACCGCCGGUCACCCGCCAGUUCUUCCCCCUCGAGGAGUCGGAAAUCAUGUCCACAACCGACGGUGCCGACGUGGCAACAAAUUUCCCGAGGGCUCACUGGGUCGGCGUGAAGUUUUGCCAGUCGGAUCCUCUCGGCGGCGGCAUGGGCAAGCCGAUGGAGCCGAGUCAGCCGCUCAAGAAGAGCCGCCGCGGCCCCAGGUCUAGAAGCUCGCAGUAUCGAGGGGUCACCUUUUACCGGCGGACCGGCCGGUGGGAAUCGCAUAUAUGGGAUUGCGGAAAACAAGUUUAUCUGGGUGGAUUCGACACUGCACACGCCGCCGCACGUGCAUAUGAUAGAGCGGCCAUCAAGUUUCGUGGAAUGGAGGCCGACAUUAAUUUCAGCCUCGAAGACUAUGAGGAUGACUUGAAACAGAUGAACAACUUAACCAAGGAGGAAUUUGUGCACGUGCUUAGGCGACAAAGCACUGGGUUUCCCAGAGGCAGCUCCAAAUACAGGGGGGUUACCUUGCACAAAUGUGGUAGAUGGGAGGCCAGAAUGGGCCAAUUCUUGGGCAAAAAGUACGUUUAUUUGGGUCUCUUUGAUACCGAAAUCGAAGCAGCCAGGGCCUAUGAUAAAGCUGCGAUCAAAUGCAACGGCAAGGACGCUGUCACCAAUUUUGAUCCCAGCAUCUACGAGGACGAGCUUAAUUCUACUGAAUGCUCCGCCACUGCUGCGGGAGACCAUAAUCUGGACUUGAGCUUGGGCAAUGGAUCAUCAGCACCUAAACAAAGUAGCAGAGAAAUGGGCGUUGAUGUUCAAAACAACUGGCACAACCCGGCGCUUAGGCCCAAGUUCAAUAUGCAACAGGAAUCACACGGAAAUGGCGGAGAAGCCAACAGGAGAAAUGGGUAUAAUGAAACUGAAACCGUGCAGCUUCUGAGCCAAACCCACAUUCAAUCUCCAAAAUCACUACAUAUCAGCUCAUCAAACUACCACCAAGUUAUUCAGUAUCCAAGCAGCAGCAAUGGGGGUGGAAUGGGAGGAGAGCUUUCUCUCUCAAGCACUGAUCAUCAUCAUUUUCAAUAUCAACAGUGGCAACUCAACCCUCCCCAGUCGUCGUUUGCAGCUGCUGCAGCAUCAUCAGGAUUCCCACAGCAGAUUCCGAGGCCCCAAACUUGGCUCCAGCAAAAUGGUUCCCAUUCCCUGAUAAGACCCUCUUGACCCUUCUUUUUCUCUUGCCAAAUUUAACCAAGGCCGCCUCAGUUUGUAAGUUGUAACCCACUUAAAACCAUCUGCUUAAUUUGAGCUCUUCAAAAUUGUACCACAAACACAGCAACAACAACAAGAAGAAGUACAUAGCUCGGGUCCUGAACUCUGAUUUAUGACCAUCCCAACAAAAAUAACCAUUUUAAGAUUUUCUUGGUUCAUGCUAAA